UCUGCAAAACACACUUAGAAGACUGCAAUCAAGACAACACAACAGUACACAUAAAGAAUCUUUUUGUAUCUGAAGCUUUAUCGACUGUUUAAAGACCAUGGCGAACAGCAAAGAGCUCAUGCUCAGUAAUUCUGUGUCCAGUCCAGAGUUUAUUCAGGAGCUUCUUCCGGCUGCGGAGCGAACGGCUCUUCUCUAUCACCUGUCUUAUCUGUGUUUGGGGGGAUUUCCAAAACUGGAGCGUCUGCUUCGGGAAAGAGCUGUGGAAACACAGCUUCUGUUUGGAUCUUCUGAGGCUGUUCUGCUCAAGUGUGUGGGAACCAGCAACAACCUGGUUAAAUCUCUGCUGCCCACUCUGAAAGUGGCCGUGGAGAAGAACAAACCCCAGUUAGCUCGCAAACUCCUGGAGAAGGCAAAAGAUUGGAUCAGUGACAUCAUAAAGGUCGUCAAAGAUAUCGUAAGGAGGUAUGACAAGCACAACAGUGAUGUCGCCAAAUCCACCAGUGACAUCAUCACAGUGAAGGACGAGACUGAUAAAAAAAAACAGCAACAAACCGGCGAGAUGGAGGCCCUUCAGAAAACUGUGGACACCCUGGAAGCCAACCUUCAGAAACUUAACAAGGAGAUCGAAGCCUCUGAGAAAAGGAUUGAAGCGAAAAAUGCAGAAAUUCAAGCGUUCAUUAAUAAAAUCUCUGGCAGUAAGGAAGAUCAAGGGAAGAAGCUUGCAGAAGCAGGAGCUGCAGCAGCAGCAGCAGCAGCAGCAGCGAUUGAGCCGGGCGUCGCUAUAUUUACAAUGAUGGUGCCAUUCGUGGAAAGCAUUAUUGGUUAUAUUUGCAAUACGGUUGCUGCCCCUGCAUAUCAGGAGACGAUCAAAACUCUUCAAGGAGGAUUGUCUGAGCUCCAAAACGCUCAUCGCAGCCUGAAAGAUCAGGAGUGGAGCAUCCAGAACAAGCUGAUGGACCAACAGCUGAACCUGGCCAAAAUAAAAAUCGAAAGCGGUCAGCUGCCCAAUGUAAGUCACCUGAAUGAGGUCCAGAAGUGCCUGUCCAGAAUCCAGCAGAUCCUGGUCCAGCUCCAGAAGUUCUGGGAGAAGGUUGGCGCUCUUCUGGACACCCUGAAGGACAGGACCUUUGCUGGGGAGGACCAUAUUGAAUUCCUGGAGGACAUGAAGGAGGUGUUCCUGGAGUCUGUGGUUGCAGCCAAACAGGGCUGGACACAGUUCGGCCUCAGCUGCAUGAAGGCCAACGGCAUCUUCAGUGUUCAGGCGAAUGACGCCUACAAGUUCCUGGAGGUCAACCCUUCAACUCUGUCCAAAGCAGACUGGGAGAAAGAGUACAACCUCGUCAAGGUGAAGCUGGAGAACAUAAAACCGAAUGUUCCAAAUCAAAAGGCCAUCACACACUGAGAGCUGAAGAUGAUCUACCUGGGAAAAGUGAGAGCGUCUGGAACAUCAUCUUCGCUUUGAUCUCUGUCGGAAACGGCAUUCUGUUCUAAAAGUUGCUACAUUUGAAUUUGAAUUCACGUCAUGACCGUUAGGAAAGUGUGCUCUAUUUAGAAUGUUAGCAGUCUUCUACACUGUGAAAUAUCCUUUGAUCCUUUCAUUAAAAUAAUACUGUACUGCUAAUACAGGUGAAUAUUGUUCUUCUGUGAUUUCUGUAAGCAUGAGGUUAUCUGCUGAAAUAAAACCACACUGUAAAAAAAA